AUUCCAGACCACCCCCUUGGAAUGAAGAUCGACCAAAAACUAUGGCCCGCCCUCUUCCUGGUCACCUGCUGCUGCGUCACCGCUCAAGACGUAAACCUGCCCCAGUACACGCCCAGCACCCCGCCCAACCCCUACAACAGCUACCCCUCGAGCACGAAUAACGUCUACGGCGACCCGAACCCCUACACCCCGGAGCCCCCGAACCCCUACGACCCCUACGGCACGGUGGACCCUGCCCGGCAGAACCCGAACCCUAUCCCCAACGUGGACGACAUCUAUGGCAGGAACGAUCCGUACGGCCAGAGGGACCCCUUCUCGGACAGGGAUAGGAGUAGGGGGGAGUACGAUCCCUACGUCAAUCAGUACGGCGGCGGCGGUAGGGGGCAGAGUCCUUCUUGGAGGAACGAUCUUUUCGGUGGCGGAAGGUCGCAGGGAGAUACACAUAGUACUUUGAUAAAAGAAGCGACUUACUUUAUUGUGGCUUCCAAAAUGGUUAGACCCGCUCAGUUAUACAGAGUGUCGGCAACGGUACUGAAAGAGAAGCAACCUAUAACUGUUAGAGCAUCUAUCCAAAGAAAUGGAGUAGAGAUAUCAUCAGAUCAUAAGGAAGUGAAAGAGGGAAUACCAGAAACCUUACUGAUGUGGAUUCCAAAUACUAGUGCUUAUGGAGAAUACAAACUGAGGGUGGAAGGUUUAUAUGAUGACGUUUUGGGAGGUGCUCAAUUUAUAAAUGAGACAACAUUGACGUUUUCUCAAAGAUCCAUGACUAUUUUCAUACAGCUAGAUAAACCAGUCUAUAUGCAAGGAGAAAGUGUUCGUUUUCGUACAAUUCCAAUCAACACUGAACUGAAAGCUUUCAAUGAUGCUGUCGACGUAUUCAUGUUAGACCCUAACGGACACAUUAUGAAGAGGUGGCUCUCCAGACAGUCGAAUUUAGGUACCGUCAGCUUGGACUAUCAACUUUCCGACCAGCCCAUUUUUGGCGAGUGGAAAAUAAGAGUUAUUGCACAAGGGCAAGUGGAAGAAUCCACUUUCUUGGUCGAAGAAUAUUAUCAAACCAGAUUUGAGGUCAACGUUACAAUGCCUGCCUUUUUCUUGAAUACAGAACCAUACCUUUACGGUAUUAUAAUGGCAAAUUAUACCAGUGGUGCUCCUGUCCGGGGUAAUUUAACCCUGAAGGCUACCGUUCGACCAAUCAGACCAAUUGAUACCUACUUCAGAAAAAACAGGCCCAGACCAAACGACCGAAAUGCCUACUACGAUAAUUUGAACAACCAGAAUGACAGGCCUUAUGAUAGCAAUGCUCCCUAUGAAUCAAACACCUUCGACAAUCCCAACUUAGACAACCGAAACUAUGAUCCGAAUAGACCAUUAUUCGGAGAUAGGGAAGGGUCUUACAAUAGACCUGUUCUGGAGAAAUACUUCCAUUUUGAUGAGAAAUUACCGUUUUGGAUGCCGACGCCCACUAACUACUAUGAUCCGAUUCCACACAUGAAGUUUUUUGAAGGUGUUUACCACUUCAGAUAUCCUCUACAAGAACUUUUAAAUUAUGUUCCCACCCUAGAUGGCAUGGAAGUCGUUGUAACCGCCACAGUCGGUGAUCGAUUUUUAGACGAAGUUAUCGAGGGCUACUCCACAGCGAGAAUUUUCAAUUCUAGCAUCAACCUGAAAUUCCUGGGGGAUUCUCCUCAAGUAUUCAAACCUGGCAUGCCAGUAACCACAUACCUGAUAGCCUCCUACCAUGAUGGAUCUCCCUUGAAACCCGAAGUUCUUUAUAACAGCGUUGUCGAAGUCACUACCUCGGUCACUUCGCAAGGAGGUGGCAACAGAGAAAUUUUUUUACGGGAGUUGUACCAAAUGGAAAACAACGAUGGUGUUUGGGAGUACAAGAUUGAUUUGAAACGAGAUUUGAAUGUGACUGGUGCCAGGGCUUAUGAAGAACUGAGUCAAAUAAGUUCUCUGAAAAUACAAGCCACUUUGAUAGAUAGAUAUACUAGACAACAGCUAGCAAAUACAGAUCUUCUGAUGUUGGGUCACUACAGUGUUAACGAUCAGCAUAUAAAAGUGAUCACUAGUACUAUUACACCAAAGGUUGGAGAAUACAUGAUAUUCCACAUCAGAAGCAACUACUUCAUCGAAAAGUACAAUUACCUCAUAAUUUCCAAAGGAAUCGUAUUGUUGACGGGCGAUCAAGAUAUGGGUGAUUACGUCAGCACAAUGGCCAUUGCUUUGAGCGCUGAAAUGGCCCCUGUGGCCACCAUCGUGGUUUGGCAUGUCGGAAGAUAUGGAGAUCUACAAGUUGAUAGCUUGACGUUCCCUGUGAAUGGAAUAAGUCGCAAUAAGUUCAAAGUGUUCAUCAACAACAAAAAAGCACGCACAGGCCAUAAAGUCGAGGUCGCCAUCUACGGAGAACCGGGCUCCUAUGUGGGCCUCUCCGGAAUAGAUAGGGCUUUCUACACGAUGCAAGCCGGCAACGAAUUGACCUACUCCAAAGUGAUCUCGAAAAUGUCUACCUUCGAUGAACAGACGAACGGCACCCUUCAACACGACUGGUUCUCGCACGAGGGCAACCCCGAUGAAUUGGUUUACUUCCCUUCGAACACUUACGGUAUUGACGCUAACCGGACAUUCGAAUAUGCCGGUUUGGUGGUGUUCAGCGACUUUGUUUUGCCCAGGAAGCCUCUUCGCUGUAAUGCCAGUCAAGGUUAUGGGGAGUGUUUGAACGGGCAAUGCUACUUGAUGAGGAAACGUUGUGAUUAUUACAGGGACUGUGAAGAUGGAACGGAUGAAGCUGGGUGUAAAUAUCAUAAUGCUACAGAACUUCAGCUGUUCAGGAAAUACAGAUUCAACAGAAUACAACGGCAGUACGAGAAUGUUUGGUUAUGGAAGGAUGUCAAUAUUGGCCCUCACGGCAGAUACAUUUUCAAUGUUCCCGUACCAGCGAGACCGGUACACUGGAUGAUAUCUGCAUUUUCGAUGAGCCCGUCUCUCGGUUUCGGAAUGAUCAGUAAAGCCAUCGAGUACCUCGGGGUGCUUCCUUUCUUCAUAAACGUGGAAAUGCCCAACGUAUGCAUGCAAGGAGAACAAGUGGGUAUACGAGUGUCGGUCUUCAACUACAUGACCGAUGAUAUGGAAGCUACGGUGAUUCUCAAUGGAUCACCGGAUUACAAAUUCGUGCAUGUCGAAGAGAAUGGUAUUGUUAGAGCCUACAACCCGCGGACGUCGUUUGGAGAACAUCAAUUUUUCAUAUUCAUUAAGUCCCAAGAUGCAGCUGUGGUUUAUAUACCUAUCGUCCCAACCAGACUUGGGGAUAUCGAAGUUAGUAUUCAUGCUUCGACACUCAUAGGAACAGACCAGAUUACAAGAAAAUUACAUGUUGAAUCGGAUGGUUUGCCGCAACACAGGCAUCAGUCGAUGCUCCUCGAUUUGAGUAACAGGGCAUAUGCCUUCCAAUACAUGCACGUCAAUGUCACUGAAGUUCCCAUCAUUCCGUACGAAUACGACCGUUACUACGUGUAUGGGUCUAACAAAGCGAGAAUCUCCAUUGUGGGUGACGUCGUCGGCGCUGUUUUCCCCACUAUGCCGGUCAAUGCCACAUCACUGUUACAACUUCCUAUGGAUUCAGGAGAGCAAAAUAUAUUUUCAUUCGCUGUGAACAUGUACACCCUCUUGUACAUGAGGUACACUCAAAUGAAGAACAGAACUAUUCAGCGAGACGCUUUCUAUCAUCUGAACAUUGGUUAUCAGAGGCAGUUGUCGUUCAUGCAACCUGAUGGAUCUUUUAGUACUUUCCGAAGUGAUUGGAACCAAUCAGCUUCGUCAGUUUGGCUUACAGCUUACUGUGCAAGAGUAUUCCAGGAAGCCAGUUUCUACGAAUGGGAAAAUUACAUCUACAUCGAUCCUGUAGUUAUCGCGAAGUCCGUCGAAUGGAUUCUGAAACAUCAAGGUCCCGAAGGGGCCUUCUGGGAGGAAUCGUGGCUACCCGACAGAAAAUACAAUUCGACUCUCAACAUCGAAAAUGAUCCCAUCAGGCACAGGAACAUUACUUUGACUGCUCAUGUCCUUAUCACAUUGGAUUCUGUCAAAGACUUGACGAGUGGUCUCAGUUCGAAAGUGGCGAUCGCCUCGAAGCGUGCCAUCCAGUGGCUCGAGCGCAACAUGGAGCUGCUCAAGGAGAAGGGCAGCCCCUUCGAGGUGGCUAUCGUCGCGUACGCCCUGAUGAAGGCGAAGGCGCCCAACGCGGAGGCGGCCUUCAUCGAGCUGUCGAAAAGGUCGCGCAUGGAGGGCGGGCUGAUGUACUGGGGCAGGGACGCCAUACCGCAGCCGCCCUACAAGAUCGAGAACCAGAAGCCGUUCCUGCUGCCGCGGCUGCCUUACGAGUACGACUCGGAGAAUAUCGAGGCGACGGCAUACGCGCUGUUGGUUUACGUCGAGCGGCAGGAAAUCUUCGUCGACAAUAUUGUUAGAUGGCUGAACACCCAGCGCCUGACCGACGGCGGUUGGGCGUCCACCUCGGACACAGCCCAAGCCACAAAGGCGCUCAUCGAGUACACGUCGGCGCAGCGCAUCCGCGACAUCUCCAGCCUGUCGGUGACGAUCGAGGCGACAUCGCUGCCCGGCCGGCCGCAGGUGCUCUACGUCAACGACCAGAAUCGCGCCAGGUUGCAGUACGUCGACAUACCGGACGCGUGGGGCACGGUCAAGGUACAGGGCAAGGGCACCGGCUACGCCAUCCUGCAGAUGUCCGUGCAGUACAACGUCGACGUGGAGCGCUUCCAGACGCAGCCGCCCGUGCCGGCGUUCGAUUUGUGGACGAAGCAAUACUUCUACGGCCGGAAUCAGUCUCACAUCACUUACGUGACGUGUCAAAGGUGGACUCAUUUGAAUGAGUCAGAACGAUCUGGCUUAGCGGUUCUUGAUGUUACCAUACCUACAGGCUACAUAAUACAACAACAAGAUCUAGAUGCUUAUAUUUUGACAAGGAGGGUGCGAAAUUUACAGAGGGCAAAGUUCUUGGAAAGAAAAGUUAUCUUCUACUUUGAUUAUCUGGAUAUGGAACCAACUUGUAUCAAUUUCACUGUGGAGCGAUGGUAUCCUGUGGCCAAUAUGUCGAGAUACCUUCCUAUAAGAGUAUAUGAUUACUAUGCACCAGAACGAUUCAACGAAACAAUAUUUGAUGCCUUAUCAUCGUAUGUCCUGGACAUUUGUCAAGUGUGCGGUAGCAGUCAAUGUCCAUAUUGUUUCAUAUACAACGCAGCAGCAGCCGUUUCUAUUCCAGUAUAUAUCGUGUUGUUGACGAGUGUUAUGCUGAUAUUUAGACACUUACAAUUCCAAGAGGUCAUAUUGUGAGUUGAGAAAGAACUGAAAGUUGAACAUUGUUGAGUAUUGAUAAUAUAACUUACGCAGGCGAG